AUGCCACUGCAACUGCAUGCCUCCUGCCGCAGCAACCUGGUUGUGUGUGGCUUGUCGGGCAAGCGAUACUCCGGCGUGGCAGAGUUCCACGAGAUGCUGAAACCACUACUACCUGCAGGGGUAGUGUUGAUUCCUCGCGACGGGCUGUGCUCACUGGAGGCCCUGCACCGCUACGUCAGGUGGGCGCCUGCAUGUUUCUUCAUCCGCAUCGAAGCCGCCCCCAACGUGCGCGAGGCAAACGGCUGGAGAAACAAAUUUGGACCAGAAGACCUGGUUCGGGACGAGCAUUGGACAGAGGUGGGCUUAGAUGACUGGGAUGGUUGGGAUGCUGUGGUGCAGCAUGAUGGAAAUCAACAAACCCUGCUUCGAACUGCAGAGGAUUUGGCUCCACGUAUCGCGGCGCUUUGCCAGACGCCGGCACUGACGAAGCACCUACCUAUUCCGGAGGCUUCUGUCAAACGCACGGAGUUCACCACGCCCAUGCCGGACUGCAUGAAGUUCGGCGGGGCAGAAGCGUAUGUCCCCUCGCAGCCCCCUGUGGCGCAUGCAGAGGUCGAAGGAGCAUCGGCUCGUGUCCAACAUGUUCGUGCAGAGCAAGUUGCAGCUACAGGCAGCCCGACACAGUCUAUGCAAAGACCCGAGCGCCUGGACAACCUCGAUGAACUCGAGAAGCUGGAGACAAAGCCGGCUGCAAGCAGCCCACGCGACGACCAUCCGCUGGCGGCAGACAGGCCUGGACAUGAUGCGACAGGCUCCGACGAGAACUUGUGGUGGCAAGGCUACCAGUCGUGGGACAACUGGCCGGAUGGCUACAGCUGGCGAGGGGGCUGGAACUGGGCCUCGCACAACGACGAGCAGGCAGCCAACGGCUGGUGGAAUUGGCAGGCCAGAGACCCCGACACAGCAGAUGUCCUGUGCAUGAGCAUUACAUCCAGUCCGUUCUGGAUUGCUGGCGAGGUUGGACGGAAGGAUGCUGACCAGCGCUUCAGUGAUUCUGAAUGGGCGCAGGAUGCGACAGUUGCAAAAGAAGAAGCACUGCCCAUUUGCGAUUGUUCCAGCUACAGUCGCGCACAGGGUGCCAUGGUCAUCAGAAGCACGACUGUGACUCAGGCAGCCGAUUGCCUGGAAGAGGCCAUCGCAUUGAACCCCGGCUUCAAGCAGGCCUAUUUGGAGUUCGACCAAGCUUGCACCGCACUUCGCGACUUUCCGCGCUGCAGGCGGGUGGCGCAGAAGCUGGUCGACCAUGGAGGUCAUUGGGUGAACUGCUGGCAGCGGCCGCUUCAUUUCCAUGCUGGGGAGGAUCCGAAGGUCACAUCUCGGCCAUGGUAUGAACCGGAGCAGUUUGAGUUGGUCCGUUGCCUGGAGGAAAACUUUGCCGUGAUCCAGCGGGAGCUUUGCGAGCUAAGUGCGCCAAGAGGAUGCAGGUGGGGUGGAGUUGGCACUGCUCACCGGGGGAAUCAAAAUUCGUCCCAUGAUGCGGACUUGGUGGCGGCGGGGGAGUGGCAGGAGGUGGUGCUGCUAGGGGACUCGGACGAGUGCAACGAGAACUGUUUGCACUGUCCGGCGCGAAGGGCUGAGUUGCCCCGCUGCCCCGCAGGCAGCACUUUCCUGAAAGCCUCCUUUCGUGAGCUCAAGCCUGUGGAUUCCAAGGACAGCCUCGCUCCUGAAAAAGUUUGA